CAGUAGAAGGCUACCGCCACUACACAAACACAACCGUGACAUCUCGGCAUCACACGCGCAUUCACACGCACCUCCCUUAUUCCAUUGCCAGCAGCAUCCUCUCGAUCCCCUCUCGCCGCCGAUCGACCGGCCGGUAGCCAUGGACACCGCCGCCUUCCUGUCGCUCUCGCCGGAGCUCCGCGACGCGCUCGUCAAGGUCGCCGUGUUCGUGUUCGUCCAGGGACUGGUCUACCUCAUCCUCCGCAGCUCGUCCGACGUCUUCUCCAAGGACGGCAGGCUCAGGUCCCUCAGCUUCCGGCCCAUGCGGUCCAUGAGCGUCAGGCGCGUGCUGGCGCCGCUCUCCGACGUCCCCGUCGGCACCGACGAGCCCUCCACGUCACCGUCGCUGUCCUCCGCGGCGUCGCGCCGCAGGGCUAGCCGUGAGGAUUGAGAUGCCCGGAGCGGGUGAAGGUGGUGCACCUGACCGGGCAAGCUAGGUAGUUUGGUCAUUCUGAAUUGUAAUUUGUUUGUUAUACGGUUGAAGGGAAUAGUAUGAGUUUUAAUGUAAUGUAAGGGGAAUAGAUGUAAUCUUGUAGAUAUAUUGAUUAAAAAGAAUUGGAGAAGUGGAUUAUUUGAUUCUUUACAGAA